AUCAUUUCCACUUGGGUACUGGUUAAGUGCGGUCGUGUUUUGGAUUUUUUCCUGCAUCUUCUGAAAGUUAGUGCCCGACUUGUUACCUACUAGCUGAAUGAGUUGAGUGUCACGGUCUCGAAGUGUUAGUCGAUUAGUAGUUACGGGAAACGUUCGGACGCUUCAACAUGAGUUUGCAAACGUCAACGGUGAAAUCGAUCGCCACCACUCCAUUCUCGAUCAACGACAUUCUAACAAGGUCUCGACGGGGUGGUGAAUGUGACCGACGUAGUUCGGUGGAAUCCUCCGGCAAUGAGGAAGAACUUAGUGAACUUGCUAGGAUGAAGUACUACAAAAGUGGUCCAGUGGGAACAAGCCCACGUUCGGUGGCAGAUCAUGCCGAGUUCUACGGGAAGCUUAACAUGGCUGCUUACUAUCACAACAAUAACAACAACAACAGCUCAUUCAAUUUGGCCAGUUUGCAUCCGUCUCUGCGGCGUGGAUCGCUCGACUGCUUCAUGGUUCCGGCGGAACAUGGUGACCACAAUUUGGACUCCCGGUGUCACAGUGAGGCUCGCGAGUGUGAAACAGAGCGGUACGAGAAGAGACCACGUGGUGGAAGUGAAGCGGACGAAUGUUACCGAAUGAAACCCGGUCGAAAUGAUAGCCCACUGGAUAUGAGGCGUUCGGCGGAGAACGAUUCAGAUUGCGACUCACCGUCACCGUACGGUCCGCUAUCAUCGCUCCACGGUGGACCGUCUCUGACCACGGACGACCUCCCGGCCGCGGCAACUCGGAAGAAGCGUUCCCGUGCCGCCUUCAGCCAUGCCCAGGUGUUCGAGCUGGAACGCCGUUUUGCUCAGCAACGCUAUCUUUCCGGACCGGAACGUUCGGAGCUGGCGAAAAGCCUUCGGCUUACCGAAACACAGGUGAAAAUAUGGUUCCAAAAUCGACGCUACAAAACCAAACGGAAGCAGAUUCAGCAGCACGAGGCCGCACUGCUGAACGCGACCAAACGUGUCCCGGUGCAGGUGUUGGUCCGAGAGGACGGCAGCUACGGUGCGGCCGCCGUGUUGGCUGGUCAGCCGCAUUACGCUUCCGGACUGGAUCCGGCUCUGUUGAACGUUUAUCGGCAUCAGAUUCAGAUGGCCUACGGAAUGCCGGUUCCACCGAUGCCAUUCUCGUACUUCUACCCAUCGAAGCUCCCAGGUACGAUUCCGGCAAUGGCAGCCGCCGCUGCGGUGGCAUCAUCCAAACAACCGCUGAACUUCUCAACCCGUUCUCCGAUGGAACUGGGUAUCGAUGGAGCGGACCAUGGCCGCCGAUCGUCACCGAGGGAUUUCGCAAAAAGUGACGAAGACCCCGCGGGAUUUUCCAGAGAACGCAAAUCGGCGGACCGAAGACGAGUCGACGAAUCGGAACGGGAACGCUGCCACAGUCGGGACUGUGAAAUGUUGUCCGGUGGUGAAGGUGAAGAAUGUGAAAAUGUGGAAAUUGAUUGAAGAAAAACGAGACGCGGUUGUUGACUUAGUUGUGUAUAUUUAGAAGAUGAAAAUAGUAAGCUAAUUGAACCAAAGAAAUCGAAGUACUUUAGCGGUAAGGCAGUAGUUAAAAUCAAAUGUACAUACAUCUUAACGGUAAGG